AUGAAAAUUGAGGAAGUAAAAGCCACGAGUACAGCAAGUGUAGAAGGGUCCAGGAGGUGCCGGUCAACAAGGACCAUAUGGACCAGGAUCUGGACAACAAGGCCCUGGAGGGGAAGACAACAGGGACCUGGUGGUGCCGGUCAAGCAGGACCUAGUGGACGAGGCCCGUAUGGACCUGGUGCAGCUGCCGCCGCCGCUGCUGCUGGUGGAUAUGGACCUGGAGCUGGUCAACAAGGCCCAGGAGGUGCAGGACAACAAGGACCUGGUGGUGCCGGUCAACAAGGACCUGGAGGCGCCGGUCAAGGAGGACCUGGAGGUCAAGGACCUUAUGGACCUGCAGCAGCUGGAGGAUAUGGACCAGGAGCAGGACAACAAGGUCCUGGAGGGGCAGGACAACAAGGACCUGGUGGUGCCGGUCAACAAGGACCUGGAGGCGCCGGUCAAGGACCUUAUGGAACUGCAGCAGCCGCCGCAGCAGCAGCAGCUGGAGGAUAUGGACCAGGAGCAGGACAACAAGGUCCUGGAGGGGCAGGACAACAAGGACCUGGUGGUGCCGGUCAACAAGGACCUGGAGGCGCCGGUCAAGGAUGACCUAGUGGACGAGGACCAUAUGGACCUGGUGCAGCCGCCGCAGCAGCAGCAGCUGGAGGAUAUGGACCAGGAGCUGGACAACAAGGCCCCGGAGGUGCAGGACAACAAGGCCCCGGAGGUGCAGGACAACAAGGCCCCGGAGGUGCAGGACAACAAGGCCCAGGAGGUGCAGGACAACAAGGACCAGGAGGUCAAGGACCCUACGGACCUGGUGCAGCUGCUGGAGGUUAUGGACCUGGAGCUGGUCAACAAGGACCUGGAGGUGCUGGUCAACAAGGACCUGGAGGUCAAGGACCUUACGGACCAGGUGCAGCCGCAGCAGCAGCAGCCGCUGGAGGAUAUGGACCAGGAGCUGGACAACAAGGCCCAGGUGGAGCAGGACAACAAGGACCUGGAGGAGCAGGACAACAAGGACCAGGAGGUGCCGGUCAACAAGGACCUGGAGGUCAAGGACCUUACGGACCAGGUGCAGCUGCCGUCGCAGCAGCAGCCGCUGGAGGAUAUGGACCAGGAGCUGGACAGCAAGGUCCAGGAGGUGCCGGUCAACAAGGACCAUAUGGACCAGGAUCUGGACAACAAGGCCCUGGAGGGGCAGGACAACAGGGACCUGGUGGUGCCGGUCAAGGAGGACCUAGUGGACGAGGCCCAUAUGGACCUGGUGCAGCUGCCGCCACCGCUGCUGCUGGUGGAUAUGGACCUGGAGCCGGUCAACAAGGACCUGGAGGCGCCGGUCAAGGAGGACCUGGAGGUCAAGGACCUUAUGGACCUGCAGCAGCCGCCGCCGCAGCAGCAGCUGGAGGAUAUGGACCAGGAGCUGGACAACAAGGCCCCGGAGGUGCAGGACAACAAGGCCCAGGAGGUGCAGGCCAUCAAGGACCAGGAGGUCAAGGACCCUACGGACCUGGUGCAGCCGCCGCAGCAGCAGCCGCCGGAGGUUAUGGACCUGGAGCUGGUCAACAAGGACCUGGAGGUGCUGGUCAACAAGGACCUGGAGGUCAAGGACCUUACGGACCAUGUGCAGCUGCCGCCGCAGCAGCAGCCGCUGGAGGAUAUGGACCAGGAGCUGGACAGCAAGGUCUAGGAGGUGCCGGUCAACAAGGACCAUAUGGACCAGGAUCUGGACAACAAGGCCCAGGAGGUGCCGGUCAACAAGGACCAUAUGCACCAGGAUCUGGACAACAAGGCCCUGGAGGUGCCGGUCAGCAAGGACCAGGAGGUCAAGGACCAUAUGGACCUGGAGCAGCAGCUGCAGCUGCAGCCGCUGGAGGAUUUGGACCAGGAGCCGGACAGAGAGGUCCAGGAGGAGCAGGACAACAAGGACCUAGUGGUUCCGGUCAACGAGGACCUGGUGGACAAGGACCAUAUGGACCUGGUGCAGCCGCCGCAGCUGCAGCCGCUGGAGGAUUCGGACCAGGAUCUGGACAACAAGGCCCAGGAGGUGCCGGUCAGCAAGGACCAGGAGCUCAAGGACCAUAUGGACCUGGAGCAGCAGCCGCAGCAGCUGGUGGAUUUGGACCAGGAGCCGGGCAACAAGGACCGGGAAGUGGUGGACAACAAGGUCCUGGAAGCCAAGGACCAUACGGACCUGGUGCAGCAGCCGGAGGAUAUGGACCAGGCGCAGGAGGACAAGGGCCAUAUGGACCAGGAGCUGCCGCCGCAGCUGCAGCUGCUGGAGGCUAUGGCCCUGGAGCUGCUCAACAAGGACCUGGAGCUGGACAGCAGGGACCAGGAGCUGGACAACAAGGGCCAAGUACCGGAGGACAAGGGCCAUAUGGACCAGGAGCUGGUCAACAAGGACCAGGAGCUGGACAACAAGGACCAGGUGGAGCAGGCCAAAGAGGACCAUACGGACCUGGCGCAGCAGCCGCUGGAGGAUUUGGACCUGGAGCUGGUCAACAAGGACCAGGAGCUGGACAACAAGGACCAAGUACCGGAGGACAAGGGCCAUAUGGACCAGGAGCUGGUCAACAAGGACCAGGAGCUGGACAACAAGGACCAGGUGGGGCAGGCCAAAGAGGACCAUACGGACCUGGCGCAGCAGCCGCAGCUGCAGCCGCUGGAGGAUUUGGACCUGGAGCUGGUCAACAAGGGCCAGGAGCUGGACAGCAAGGACCAAGUACCGGUGGACAAGGGCCAUAUGGACCAGGAGCUGGUCAACAAGGACCAGGAGCUGGACAACAAGGACCAGGUGGGGCAGGCCAAAGAGGACCAUACGGACCUGGCGCAGCAGCCGCAGCUGCAGCCGCUGGAGGAUUUGGACCUGGAGCUGGUCAACAAGGACCUGGAGCUGGUCAGCAGGGACCAGGAGCAGGACAAGGACCAUAUGGACCCGGAGCAGCCGCAGCAGCUGCAGCCGCUGGAGGAUAUGGACCAGGAGCUGGACAGCAAGGACCAAGAAGUCAGGCACCAGUUGCAUCCGCAGCAGCUUCUCGACUUUCUUCUCCUCAAGCUAGUUCUAGAGUUUCAUCUGCUGUUUCAACUUUGGUAUCGAGUGGUCCUACGAAUCCUGACUCACUUUCUAAUGCUAUCAGUAGUGUUGUUUCACAAGUUAGUGCAAGUAAUCCCGGGCUUUCUGGUUGCGAUGUACUUGUCGAAGCAUUACUGGAAAUCGUAUGCGCUCUCGUACAUAUCCUUGGAUCUUCUAGCAUUGGCCAAAUUAACUAUGCUGCUUCUUCUCAGUAUGCCCGAAUGGUAGGCCAAUCUGUAGCUCAGGCCCUUGGUUAAUUUCAUAAAUGAUUUCAAUUUCUUUAUUAUUGUAUUGACAGAUUUGUAAUCUUUCUGAAUAAAUUUGAAGCAUAUUUAACAA